AUGGAAUCGCCGGAUCGUGUCCAUCGAAAUCCUGAUCAUGGGCCUCGCAGUUAUACUGACCAAGUCCUGAAAAUGCUUAAAGACAAAGCUCUAACGGGAGAGAAAUUUCGUCCUCAAGAUGCGAAGGAAGGCCAAUCUGAAUCGAUUGCCUCCAUCCAAGGGAGCCGACGCGGCUGUAGGGUUUCAUUCAAACGUGGUCGGGAAUCGGAGUCAGUCGAUGGUCCGUCCUCAGGGCUGCACCGACAUGCGAAAUAUGCAGCUGAGCAACCUGCCAACCGAGUGAAACCAGAGAGCAAGGGCCCCAAGCGCUUACUCAAGAGAAAGACUGCCGUCGAUGUUGAAAUCCUCAAAGAGGAGAUGGAGGAUGUUAAGAAGACGGUUGCAUCUCUUGAAUCGCUCUUGACCGAACGAUACAAAAAAAAGCGGGUUUCUUUUGCAGAGGAUCUUCACUGA